AUGGACAGCAUGGACCAAGAACAAUAUCCACAGACCCCCGUAAGGCAAGCUAUUGGAAAUUAUGAGCAAGUUAUACAACCGGAGCCAGACACACCCAGCAAUAUGGACAAUAAUGAUUCCUCCGAGCUUGUCAUUCACCCUCAUGGAUUAUCCUCGAAUAAAGGAGAUGUGUCCAUCAUUCAUCUAAGGUCCAACGAAGAAGAAGAAAGAAGAUAUGAUAUGUCUCCAGACUUUAAUAGAGGAAAUAACAGAGAGGGUAAUGCUCUUCAGUCUGGUAAUAGCCUAGAAGCUCUUGACAUUAACAAAAUGUUCCAAGCCAAUACUGACGAUCAAGGUAACCUCGUGGAACCGAAAUUGGCUCAUUCACCGAUUAGGUUGGAAGAUAUUUCACCUAUGAAAUUGGAAAACAAUGACAGCGAGCAUAUAAAGAAGAAAUUGAGAUUAGAUGCUGAAUCUGUCCCAAAUUUGACAAGAAAUGAUAAUAAUAAUAGUCAUAAUAAUAAUAAUAAUAAUAAUAAUAAUAAUAAUAAUAUAAAUGAAGGUGAGACGUCGCCUAUUCCAAUUGAAAUGAUUGAUAUGAAGAUAAGUCCAAUAAAAUCUUCUAUCUCGCCGAUACAAAGAACGCCUCCCAGUCAUCAUAAGCGCAAACGAGAUGAUGAGACAGAUGUAGAGAACGAAGAAGGCCGUGAAUCUAGCGUACAUAAAUUGACACCACUUUAUGAUCCAGACAAUAACUCAAAUGGUGAAGAAGAUGGUGAUAAAGAUGAUUUAGAGCUCACAAUUGAUAUCGAAAAUAAUGAAUUUAGGGAAUUGAAAAUGCGUAAUAACGAUGUGAUUAAGGAUAAUUAUCAAUUACAUAAAAAAUUGAACGAAUUUGUCAUAAAAUUUGAGAAAGUGAAAGUCAACUACGUGGCUGUUAAAAAAGAAUAUGAUAAUUUACGGAACACUUUUGAAAAUGAGGUAAACGAACGUGAGUCAACCAUCAAAGAAAUCACUCAAGAACGUGAUGACUUAACUGAAAAGAGAGAUAAGUUGAAAGCUAAGAUAAAAAAUUCCAAAGAUGAAAUCUUAAUGCUGAAUCAAAAUCAAAAAAUUCUUCAGGAGAAGUACGAUAAUCUGUCCAAUGAAAAUGAUACAUGGAGAAAUAACUAUGAAACUUUGGAAUUAGAAAUUAGUAAACAAAAAGAAAGUCAUGCCAUCGAAUUGAAUGAAACAUCAACCAAAUUGGAAACAUUGAAAUCUGAGCUUGCUGAAAGUAUGGCCAAAUCUCAGAGUUUAACCGAGAAAAACAAUGAUAUGCAUGAAGAGUUAGACACCAUCCAACAAUCGUUACAAACCAAAAACGAAUUAAUAUCGUCAUUGGAAGCAACAAUAAAGGAACAACAAAAUACCCAAGACUUGACGAAGGAGAAUGAAAAAUAUAGGGAGCAAUUUGAAAGUUUAUUUAAAGAAAAAGAUGAAUUGACGAAUAAAUUUAACGCCAUGAAUGAAGAAUACCUAACUAAGAUUGAGGAAUAUCAACAAAAAGUUAUAGAGGCAGAAACUGAACUUAUAAAUAUUAGAGAGAAAUAUAAUGCAGUCACAGUGGAGUUGGAAGCGAAAAAUGGUUCGAUGGCUUCAUUAAAAAAGACAUCUGAAGAAUUAGAUGAUGCUAAUAAAAUAAAAGCUGCAGAAGUUACUGAAUUGAAUGAUGACUUAGCCGAAAUUAAAGAAACUAAUGAGUAUUUGGAAAAAUCUGUCUCCAAAUUGGAAAAGGUCGUCAGUGAAUGGAAAGUAAAAUAUGAAACGUUACAAUCAGAUUAUGACAAGGCAUCCUUAGAAUUGGAAAGCUUCCAGUUAAAGAAUGAUAAUAUUGAAACUGAGCAUUUAAAGGAGUUGGAAGAUUUACACGAAAGUAUGAGUUCAUUACAGAGUGCAUUAAAGGAUAAUUCUGACUUAGUGCAUACAUUGAAAAUAGAAAAUGAAACAUUGAAGUCCGACCUUUCACGAAAUGAACAGAUGUUAAAAACAGCAACCCUGGAAAAAGAUAACAAGAUAGUAUCAAUUGAAACCGAAGGCACAGAUAAAGAGCAAACAAUUAUAUCUUUAAAGAAACAACUGGACGAAUGGAAACAGAAAUAUGAUAGUAAAGAAAACGAAACCAAUAAGAGGUUGAAGCUGUUGGCAGAAGAUCUCUAUAUUCAAUAUUCGUCCAAACAUGAGCAGAAAGUUAAACUUCUGAAAAAAGGUUACGAAAGUAAAUAUCAAGGAGAGAUUUCAAGACUUGAAACACAGCAUAUGGGAUUAACGCAAGAGGUAGAACAAUUAACCAAACAGUUAGAAGCCGAACGAGAGGAGAAAAGGAAUCUGCUCAAUAUGUUGGAAAAUAAAAACUAA